AAGUACAACUCACGAAUACAACAGCUCCACCUUUUGUUCGCUGUUUAUAUACAUGUUUUCCGUUGGAUAACGACACAACAUGAAAUGAAAUGUUGACGGCGUCACGUCCUUCUAUAAAUUCCUCAACACUUCCCACGAGCUGUUACCUCCCUCCGGCUCCAUUCUAUAUUUACAUAUAUUUCUUAGAUUUUUCUGCUUCCUUUUGCUAUAUAUUAACGUAAAAACGGAAGCUGUGAAUCUGAAAUUUCCCGUUUUCAAGUGCUUCAGAAUCUCCUCAUUGGUCGUUGGCGUAAGAUUUGCCGUAUUUCUACUGAAGAUUAAUGCCAGGAUUCUUCGCUCCUCUUUUUUAUUUGAUUUGAUCUGAUAUCUCUGGGGAUUUGCUUAAUGAUUUUCCCGUCUAUUUUCUCUUAAUUAUUUGAUCCAAAUAUGUAACAAGAACAGAGCAAAGCAGAUUAUUGCUCUGGAAACCAUUUCACCAGUGGGUUUCAUCUGAUUAUCAACUCCAGUAGUCGUUUGAGCGAGAUAUUGUUUACUCCGGCUUAGUGGUCUCGUUGUUUUACCGAAUGGAGAUCAAUGUGAUAUUCUCAACUAAGACUCAGUUAGAAGAAGAGAGGAGAAUAUAGAGAUCGAGUAGAAGAGAGGAACAAAUUAAAAGAAAAGAGAAAAUGUUGACAUGUAUCACAUGUAAGCAAAAGGUGGAAGAUGAUGGUGGAGAAGAAGUUCCCAAUACUAAAGAUUCUGUCAAAAGUCUGACGGCUCAGAUAAAGGAUAUAGCAUUGAAAGUCUCGGGUGCUUAUAGAUGCAAGUCAAGUACGCCCACAAGCAGUUACAGGAAAGGGCAUAGACCAUAUCCAUAUCCGGAUUUUGAUGCAAUCUCAGAGGGAGCUUGUUACCAUUACCAAACAGGAAGUUCAAAUUCAACUCCAGCUUGGGAUUUUACGAGUACCGGUCAUCUCCAAACACCAGCUAGACCUGAUUCAAGAUUAACUGGAGGAUUAGGUGAUGAUGUGGUGCUAGAAGAAGAGGAUGCUAAAGAGUGGACAGCACAUGUGGAGCCUGGCAUUCAGAUUACUUUUGUUUCUCUCCCUCGUGGUGGAAAUGAUCUUAAAAGAAUCCGCUUUAGUCGUGACAUGUUCAACAAAUGUCAAGCUCAAAGAUGGUGGGGUGAGAAUUUUGACAGGAUUAUGGAACUUUACAAUGUUCAGAGAUUCAAUAAGCAAGCUCUUAGCACUACCUCACAGUCUGAGGAUGGGAGAGAUUCAAAUUAUUCAAGGCUUGGUUCUGCAAGGGAAAGCCACCAAUAUAACGGCGGAUCAAAUGCUUAUGCCUCUAGUUUCCCCAAGGGUAGCGAGCCAAGUACCUCCAGUACUUUGUUAAUUAGCCACUCAGAUUUGGAAGAUUUAUCAACGCAACAUGAAGCAAGCACAAGAAGCAAGCACAAGUUAAUGAAAUUUAAGGUCUUUUUAUGCAGAGAGAUUCAAAUUAUUCAAGGCUUGGUUCUGCAAGGGAAAGCCACCAAUAUAACGGCGGAUCAAAUGCUUAUGCCUCUAGUUUCCCCAAGGGUAGCGAGCCAAAGAGAUUCAAAUUAUUCAAGGCUUGGUUCUGCAAGGGAAAGCCACCAAUAUAACGGCGGAUCAAAUGCUUAUGCCUCUAGUUUCCCCAAGGGUAGUGAGAUGUCAUCUAUGGAGGCGUCAAGGACGACAACUUCCUCUAGGGAUGAGGCUUCAAUUUCUGUAAGUAAUGCUAGUGACAUGGAGUCAGAAUGGAUAGAACAAGAUGAACCUGGAGUUUAUAUAACCAUCAGACAAUUAGCUGAUGGCACUAGAGAGCUAAGUCGUGUCAGAUUCAGGAGUGAAAAAUUUGGGGAGGAGGACGCGAAGCAGUGGCUGGAGCAGAACUGGGAGAGAGUACGAGCUCUAUACCUUUAGAUCGCGAUUUCCAUAUUACAUUGUCAGCAUUGUCCACAACAUCUCAGGAUAAUCAAAACGGAAUACUUUGCCAUCCUGGAAGCAAAGUUAAAAUCAUCUUCCAAUUAAAUUGUGGUGAUUAAGCAAGUUUCCUACCGAAUGUAUAUAGUGUUCACUGGGGAAUGGCUUUAUUCCACAGGGCUUCAAGAAUU